AUGUCUCGACACGAACCCGCCAACUUGACGCGACUUUCGGCUCUGGUGUCGGAGGUAGAAUUUCGCUACGCACGCUGCUACCGCGAAGUUGACAACAACCGAGUCAUUCGCAGAUGGCGACCGUACGAGGGAAAGGACGAAAAUGAUCCCCAUAUCAUUGAUGUCGCUGGACAUCGAGGUCGAUGGUACACAGAACUACAAGUUGGCGACCCACCACAAAACCUCGAGGUCGAAAUCGACAUGUUGACUACGGACUUUUACAACAUAAUGACGACCAGCGGGAAGGGAUCAAAAUACGAUACUUUCGCGUCAAAGUCAUGGGAAGGUGAGAACCUGCUUGUGUUCCCUUUGCGAGGCACUGCUGUUGUUUCUGUAUAG